ACUCCAAUUACCAGGUUGAUGAUAAUGACGGUUGGCAGAAAAUAAAAAAGCCAGAGUAGAAUCCAAGUGGCCCAAAACUGAUCACAAUAGCGUCGCCGUUAGUUUGUUUGCUAUUAGUAUGAUUCUGGUAAUAUUGCGUCUUGCAUUUUAACAUGUGAACGCGAUCGAUUAGGAUAAUAUUACGCUAUCGAAUACACUGGUACACUGAUGCUACCGAAUUACGAAUACAGCAGUGCAAAUAUAAUGUUGAUGUGAUGAAGACCAGCGAAAACAAAUUUACAUUAACUUGAAUAGAAUAUAAAUGACUGGAUGGUGUAACAGGUAGAAUUAAAAUGAUAGGACGGUUCAUGUUAAAUUGUGGGUGUUAAUGUUGCCUCCCGGUGGUUCAAAACAGUAUCGGACGGAACAAUUGCCAAGAAAAAAAUGGGGGAAUAAACUAACUAAGCCGCCAGGCCCUCGAGCCUGUCUAUUAAAGUAACCAUGGUGACAUGAUGCUAGCUUGUAGUAUAGAAAGCAACCAGAGAGAGAGGGUGUGUGUGUGAGAGAGAGUGAGAGAGAGAGAGAGAGAGCGCGCGCGAUAUUAAUGCCCCCGUGUCCUCCAUUCAUCCCCGGGAGGAGUGAACAUGACGGCCCGGUCAGUGUGCGCCCUUGCCGGAGCACUAAAGCUUGUGUUCAGCAACCGGUUAACCAGGGUUUAUGGUGCAGUUACAUGUAAUCAGAGACACAACUCGACUUACACCACCAUACCUCCCCCAGCGCGGUAUGGAGGCAGGCACACUGUAACACUGAUCCCCGGUGACGGCAUCGGACCUGAGCUGGCCAAACACGUGUGGGAACUUUUUCGGUUCUGCUGUGUGCCAGUGGACUUUGAGGUUGUCAAUGUGGACUCAUCUUUGGCCUCAGAAGAUGACAUUGAUGAUGCCAUAAUGGCUAUUAGACGCAAUGGAGUAGCACUUAAAGGUAACAUUGAAACCAACCAUAACCUGCCACCAUCCUACAAGUCCAGAAACAACCUGCUCCGCACCACUCUGGAUCUCUAUGCCAAUGUGAUGCACUGCCAGUCUCUACCAGGAGUGAGGACGCGCCACAGAAACAUCGACAUCAUGAUCGUCAGGGAGAACACAGAAGGAGAGUACAGCAGCCUGGAGCACGAGAAUGUACCCGGCGUUGUUGAAUGUCUGAAGAUCAUUACCAAGACCAAGUCUUUGCGCAUCGCUGAUUACGCAUUCAAAACUGCUCGGUCCAAUGGACGCCGACUCGUCACUGCUGUACACAAAGCUAAUAUUAUGAAGUUGGGGGAUGGCCUCUUCCUGGAUUGCUGUAAAGAGGUUGCGAGCGGUUACCCUGAAAUCACCUUUGAGAGCAUGAUUGUGGACAACACCACCAUGCAGCUGGUUUCCAGGCCCCAGCAGUUCGAUGUGAUGGUCAUGCCCAACCUGUAUGGAAACGUCGUGAGCAAUGUGUGCGCUGGGCUCGUUGGUGGACCGGGUCUGGUGCCUGGAGCAAACUACGGAGAGAACUACGCAGUGUUUGAGACGGGCACCAGGAACACCGGGAAGAGCAUUGCUAACAGCAACACAGCCAACCCCACGGCCAUGCUGCUGGCCUCCUGCCUGCUGCUGGAUCACCUGAAGCUCCACGACUACGCCAGCAUGAUCCGCAGAGCCGUCCUCUCCACCCUCACUGAGACCAAGCUGCACACUGCUGAUCUGGGAGGCCAAGGCUCCACCUCAGAAGUGCUCCAGCAUGUCAUGAAUGCAGUUCAGAGCACCGGGCCCCGGACACUGAGCAUGUAGAGCAAACGCACUACGUGCGCCUGUCCUGAUAUGGUCUUCAAUGCAAUUUCCUAUAAUCGGCAAGUUUUUGGAUAACAAUACUGACAGAAGAUUUAUUUAUUUUUUAUCUUAGUAGAGUUUCCUCUCCUUUUAAAAUUGUUUAUGCACUUUUUUCAGUUUGCAUCCUUUACCUGACAGAACCAUAAUGCUGUUUACUGUACCACACAGACCGAAUGCUGCACCUGUUUUCUGUUACACCCAAUCCUUUUCACAUUUAUUAGUUGGUUUAUUGUUUUUAUUAUGGCGUGGAACCAGAUAUAUUUGAUACGUUUCAUUUAUUUUCAUCCAAACAGAGGUUUUACUACUGAAUGUAUUAGGAAUUGAUGAGGCAUUGAUGAAGACAAUAGAACCCAUGUCCCUGUAGCUUGUUUUCAGAAUCUAUACACACAUUAAUGCAAGCAUUAAUGGAAAAGUCCACCUUCCUCCUCUUAGUUAAGGGUGGCCCAACUUUAAGAAAUCCUAAAAAAUAAUAAUCUUUAGUGUUCUAAUUCAGGUUUAUUUUCACUCCACUGAAACUGACUUCAAAAUAAAUGAUGGAUUGAAUCGUG